UGGAAGACAUCGGCUAUUCUUUGGGGGAAAAGUGUUUCAACAAGAAAUAUCCUAGAAUCUACAUGUUGUAUAUAACUUUUUCAAAGUCAAUCUGUUUCAAGUACAUAUUCAGUGAUAUACAGCGACCAUGACGACCCUUUUUACCGUUCCAAUUUCGUCUACCGGCGGCAGCUUCGUCUGCUCCAACCCCACAACCUCAGAGAAGGAGAAGAACAUUUACCUACUCACCUUCACAUCGCCGAAGGAUAACAGACUCACCCCGACAUUUAUAGAGGCCUUCAUACUUGCAUUGGAUAUUAUCGAGCACAGAUACCCCAAAGGCGUGGUGAUUACCACCAGUGGCAUUCCCAAGUUUUAUAGCAAUGGGCUAGAUCUCGAGCUUGCUCUCAGCACGGAGGGCUUCUUGGAUAAGUGGUUGUGGAAGCUGUUCCGCCGAUUCCUGACAUAUCCCAUGCCUACCAUCUGCCUGUUGAAUGGACACGCUUUUGCCGGCGGUCUCAUGCUGGCCAUGUAUCAUGACUAUCGGAUCCAGAACCCCUCCAAGGGUCUUCUGUGCAUCAACGAGUUGGAAUUUGGAGUCCCCCUCCAAUCACCCAUGAUGAGCAUAUUCCGGGAGAAAUUGACACCCUCGUCUUUCCGGAACCUUAUCCUCGAAGCCAAGCGGUUCGGAGGUCCCGACUCCGUCAACGCCGGUCUUGUAGAUGGUCUGGGCGGCCUGGAAGAGGUUUUGACGCUUAUCCGGGAGCGAGGACUACAGAAGAAAGCGGCCACUGGCAUCUAUGGGACCAUGAAAGAGGAAAUGUACCGCCACUCACUGGAUAUCCUGGAUGGUCAUGCUGCCAAUCUGGAAUGGAGGGAGCAGUUGGAGGACAAGAAGGAUCAGGCGCAAAGGGAUGGUCUGAAAGCUGUUGAGGCAUUUGAGAAGCAGAGGAGUGCGAAGCUUUGAAUCUGCGAAACUGAGAACCAUCAGAUAGAGGGUGAUGUCGGUAUAUAGCUUAUUGUAUUUACGUUCAUAGCUUCACCGAUGUUAGAAUUUAAUUGUAUACAAUUCUCCCA